CGCAAACGUUUGGUCUUAAUUUUUAAUCGAUUAAAAUUCUUCAUAUAAUCGAUUUUGCCUCGGCUGCGUUCCUUAAUCGAUUAAAUACCUUUAUUUAAUAGAUUAAUAUUCGAUUUUUUCUUCUCUUUAUAAUCCGCCUGUGCCUUCGUCUUCAUCGCCAUCCCAGUUUUACAGAGAAGCUGUGAAACCCUAUCUCAAACCCUUGCUCAAACUUCAUCAGAAAUUUCUCAAAUUUGUUCCAUUUUUUACCAAAUUUCAUCAAUUACAAAAAGGAAGAAUGCCAAGGUGUAAGAACGCUUCCUCGGGUCAAGAAACCACGGCAGAGGAAAAUGAGAGGCCAUGGCGUCGUGAAGGGAGCAAGUAUAUUCACAUUCAAACGGGUCUUGCCUUCAACACUGGAGCUUCAGUCGAGAGGUUCCACAACAUCUUCCUCACGAAGGAGAUCGUCUCUCCCAAGAUCGUGAACAAGGACCUCUUCAAAUCGGCGACCUAUGCCCCGAGUAAGUCUAUGUUCUUUCAGCAAGGAUUGCUUCAUUUCAUUCAUUUGACGUAUGAAUUUUUCUGUCCAAAUCUUAUACGUCAAUUUUAUGCAAAUCUUUGUACCACUAAGGGAGGUUCUCCAUCUCUCAUUUCCUAUGUUGACGGCAAAACCGUUUUCAUUGACGGUGCCGGUUUGACUUCUUUGUUUGGCCUUCGUCGCGGUGAAGUUACCGAAAUCUUGGAUGAAACAUUCCAAGAUGAGGCAAUAUGGCGACAACUCGGGUUAGAUCAUCGUGACCUCAAGUUUAGAAACUCUAGCAACCCGAGUGUCGUUAAUCUCACUUUAAUUCAACGCGUCCAACAAUACAUUUUCUCAUAUGUUUUGUUGCCCCGUGAUUCGAACCAUGGCGUCGUCAACAAGGACGAUAUUCGUUUGUUUCACGUCCUGUUGAACGAUGUCAAAUUUGNCACGUGCAUCCGAGAUGACGUUCGCCAGCUCAACGAGAGGAUGACUCGUCUUGAGCAAUCUCGCUCCUACCGUGGCCCGCGUCACAGCUUCAGCGGAGGAGCUCGUCCGGCGAACUCUCUUUGAUUAUUUUCUCUUCUAUCUUAACUUUUUAUGAUACAUUGUUAUUUGCUAUUGUUGUUAUAACUCUUUUGGUGAAUGAUGUUGUUGCUAAUAUGGUUCUCUUUUAGAAUAUUUUGUCCCUUUGUGGCAAUUCAUGUUAGAAGUUUUUUUUGAAAACUCUUACAAUUUUUUUUUCUCCUUCAAAUCCCGGCAUAAAUUAAGGGGGAAGGU